AUGCCCUCCCCGACAGAUCCAGAGCCAUCAACGGCGUCAUCAGACACGAAACAACCCAAACCUGCUAAGCCUCAACCUGCCAACGGCGAGAAAGCAAAUGUCGGCGGAGAAAAAGGUAAAUCAGCUAAAGAUUUGAAGAAGGAAAAGCGAGCAGCUGCAGUCGCAGCUCGAGCCGUCUCAGACAAUCCAGCAGACAGUGGAAGACCAUCUUUAUCAACUCAAAAUUCAGCUGACGGCCGACAAGGCGGUUCCAAUCAAUCACAACAUGGACACAGUCAUAAUACAAACAAUAAUGCAGCUGGAUCAACAACAGGUGGCGGUGGUGCUGGUCCAAGUAUACCUAAAAGACCUGUACAUUUCAGCGAACCUUCAGCAUUAUCCCUAUCUACCAUUCAACAAAACCUUUUCUUUUCGCAUUUACCACAUCAAGAAACACCAGAUACGGCAACUGCUUUAAGAACAGGUAAAAUACAUCCUUUGAUCAUUCGAUUAGGUGUAUUGAUGUCAAGUGGGACAUUGAGAGGUGCAAAUGCUAGAACGAUGGGGAUGAUGGCUGCAUUCAGAGAAGUUAUCAGGGAUUAUGAAUGUCCUGAUCAAGCUGUAUUAUGGAAAGAUUUACCUAUCUACCUAAGUCCUAUGAUUGCUUGGUUGGAAGGAUGUAGACCCAAAGGUGUAGGUGGCGGUAAUGCUAUUAGAUGGUUGAAGUCUGAGAUUAACAGAUUAGGUGAACAAGGUGAUAGGUCAGAAGCAGAGCAAAGAGACUAUUUGCUAGAAGCGAUAGGUUUGUACCUUCGAGAUAGGAUAGAAUUUGCCGACAAAGUCAUCGCGGAUCACGCCAAAGAGAAGAUCAAGAAUGGAGAUACUGUAGUGACUUAUGCGAGAUCAUCCGUUGUGGAAAGAGUUUUGCUCGAAGCUUGGAGAGAUAUGAAAGCUGCUGAUCCCGAAGCGGGAUUCAAGGUCAUCGUGGUGGAUUCAAGGCCACUGCUGGAGGGACGGCAAUUCCUCGAAGCACUCUCGUCAGCCGGUUUAUCAUGUACCUACAUCUUUCUUCCACUUUUAUCGUCGAUUCUUCCUCAGGCAGAUUUGGUCUUAUUGGGUGGAUCUGCCUUGCAUUCCGAUGGAGCGUUAUAUUCAAGAUCUGGAACUGCUCUCGUAGCUAUGUUGGCUAAAGAACAUCGUGUUCCAGUAGUGGCCUGUGUGGAAACCUAUAAGUUUGGUGAAAAGGUGGUUUUGGAUGGUGUCGCCACCAACGAGCUGGGAAGGACAGAAGGUUUAUUAGAUCUACCCUGUGGGAAGAAUUUCGGACUAAACAAAAAAGAAAGUGACAAUCCGAAAACAGGAGGAGGCAGAAAUAACUUGACGCCUUUACAUCUCGUUUAUGACGUGACUCCACCUUCCCUUAUCACCGCUGUUUGUACCGAGAUCGGUUUCAUCCCUCCAAGCUCAGUACCCACUGUUUUAGGUAAAGCGAGUAACGUGGUAUAA